AUGUGUUUGUCUCCUGUCUUUUGUCAGGUGAUUGAAGACCCUGUGGAGAUCAUUGACAACGAGCGUGAGCUCAAAGGUUUCCACAACAUUGAUGAGGUCAUCAAGCUGGUCGGCUAUUUCAAGAGCGAGAAAUCUGCUCACUACAUUGAGUAUGAUGAUGCUGCUGAGGAGUUCCACCCCUUCGUCAAGUUCUAUGCCACAUUUGACCCCAAGAUCGGCAAGAAACUGAAGCUGAAGAUGAAUGAAGUUGACUUCUAUGAGCCAUUCAUGGAGGAAUCCGUCACCAUCCCAGGAAAGCCCUACACUGAGGCUGAGCUUGUCGAAUACAUUGAACAGCAUGACAGGCCAACUCUGAGGAAACUUGAGCCCCACAGCAUGUAUGAAAUCUGGGAGGAUGACAUUGAUGGAGAGCAUAUUGUUGCCUUUGCUGAGGAAGAUGACCCAGACGGUUUUGAGUUUCUGGAAAUCCUGAAGGAGGUGGCACGUGAAAACACAGAUAACCCUAACCUCAGCAUCAUCUGGAUCGAUCCUGACGAUUUCCCCCUGCUGGUUCCAUACUGGGAGAAGACCUUCCGCAUUGACUUGUCUUCUCCUCAGAUUGGUGUGGUUGAUGUUGAGGAUGCUGACAGUGUGUGGCUGGAGAUGGACGACCAAGAUGACAUGCCAACAGCUGACGAGCUGGAGCAGUGGGUUGAGGACGUUCUGUCCGGAAAGAUUGAUCCAGAUGAUGAUGACGAAGAGGAAGAUGAUGACGACGAUGAUGAUGACGAUGAUGACGAUGAUGAUGAUGAUGAUGACGAUGAUGAUGACGACGAUGAUGAUGACGACGACGACGAUGAUGAUGACGACGACGAUGAUGAUGACGACGAUGACGACGAUGAUGAAUAAAUGUUUACUACCAUUCGGUUCACUAUGCUUAAGCCAAUAAUGGCAAAACCCAAAAGUAGUACCAGAUUUAGUAAACACGGUUCCUGCGUCGGUUCCUGCGUCCUGUAUGGUUUCCUGUGAGGGACAAAUAUAAUGACCCUAUGGGGAGCUUUUAAUGUCAGUCAGGGAAGGAGAAUUUUAUGAAGCAGAGGAUUUUCAUCUCUGAAGACGAACAGGAUUGCAGUUUAAAAUGAUAAUGUGUUAUAUGUCCUUUGUUACUGAAUUAAAAUCUGCUCAUCUUUCACCUCUGAAGUUUACAAUGAAUGUAGCUAAGAGGCUAAUAGACGCUAACUCACAUGACAUUUUGUACUUAAUGUCAAAGACCAUGGUUCAUAUACCAUACUUUCUCAUACUCUCCAAUUUACUGUAAUCCAACAAUGAAAUGUUUUCUACUGGAGAGGAGAA